UACAGUGCGCGGGAGCGAGGGUAUACCGAAAAGCUCCGACGUCUGGCCAUCACAGGCCGGCUUUCCAAGUUCCACGGACGACCGCUAAGAUUCCUCAUGACUGUGCCUGCCAUCAACCUGCGGGGACCUCGACAGCGAACGCUGCCCGGCCGCAAGGGGCAGCGGGGACGGAGGGCACCGGCCUCCUCGAGCGCCGGCGCAGGGCGCUCCGGUGGCCUCAAACUUCGGUUCGGGUACCUCGUCUUCGUCAUGGGUGUCGUGUCGUGGGUCAAACCUGCUUCAGCCAUUUCUAUAAGGAAGGAUGAAGUUCCCCAGCAGUUAUCAGCCCCACUGGAAUGGAUCCGCCAACAGAACUUAUGUCCACCAGGAUUCUAUAUGGAAGAAGUCAGUGGAGGUUGUGCCCCUUGCACCGAUGGGACAGACUACACCAAUCAUUCAAACACCCUCCCUUCUUGCUUACCUUGCACGACUUGCAAAUCAGAAGAAGAAGAAAAAAACCGCUGCACCUCCAGCAAGGACACUGAGUGUCAGUGCAAACCCGGCACUUUCCGUGGAGAAGAUGCACCUGAAUUCUGUCAAAAAUGCAGCGCCGGGUGCCCUGAUGGGAAGGUCAUGGUCAUGAACUGUACACCCUGGAGCAACGUCAAGUGUGUGGACCAAGAAUCAGGCACUUCACCGCUGGUGACUAACAUUUUCACUGGACUUGGAAUCACAGUUGUAAUCACCUUUGUCCUAAUCAGAUGUGUUGUAUGUUGCUUCUCUAAAGUUCUCCAGACUCGGGGUGUCCCGCUUGCAGUCACAGGCCCGGGGCUCUUUGUUCAGUGUCUGUCCCUGGGGAGGGAGGUGCGGCCAGAGGGCCCUCCCCACCACUCAGUGGCGUCUCUUCUCUUCGAGGUUGCUUUGGUGAGUGCUGCCACAAGGAAAAGAAGCUGACAGAAGACAAUGCCCAGUCCCAAGAUGAAGCAAGCAGAGAGUCUGGUGAAACCAGCAGCAUCUGAAGGAUCUCAGGGGAGAAGAUGGCUGCUGGUUCCAACAGACGCCACAGAAAGCCUGAAGCUGUUCUUCAGUGACUCUGCAGCUAUCUCUUCCUUGUGACUUCUGUGAUUUGCUGCUGAGGCAGAUGGGCCUCACAUGAAAUGAGAUCCUUGUGGCCAGAGAAUAGGCCUGGGUUUCUCCGGAUGCCGCGUGUGAAAUGCUGCCAGUCACCAAGAAGGGACAGGAGACCUCAGUCAACACCUUGCUGGAUGCUUGGAAAUGCUGGGGCAAAGACUGACAAAAGAGACAAUUCAAGAGCGCCUGCUGAACUCAGGAAAGUAUUAACAUGUUUAUGAAGAAAGUGAGACAGGCUGUGCUGUGCCCUAAGCGUUUGAGGACCUCAAUCUUUCCCUUCAGGACACACUCCUAAUAAGACUUCUACGUUUUAUUUGUAUUUGUUUGAAAUUUGCCAUUCAUGUUAGUAUGUAUGCAUUCAAUGACGUUAACUUAUAAUGAAAGCGUUAGUCACUGAGUCAUGUCCAGCUCUUUGCGACCCCAUGGACUGUAGCCCACCAGGCUCCUCUGUCCAUGGGGUUUCUCCAGGCAAGAAUACUGGAGUGGGUUCCCAUUUCCUUCUCCAGGGGAUCUUCCCUACCCAGGGAUGGAACCUGGGUCUCCUGCACUACAGGCAGACUCUUUACCAUCUGAGCCACCAGGGAAGCCCCGUAACUUGUAAUAUACAUCAUUAAAGUGCAAACAUCUUGUAUGUCUUUGUACUUUUAUGUUUGUGCACAUAUUUAUAUGUGUUGAAGAACGUUUUGGAAAUAUAAUUUCUAGGCUGUUUAUGUGGGCUACCUGGUUGAGCACUGGCAAUCCAAAGCAAUUAGAAAUACAAAAGGAGGGCAUUCCCUGGCUGUUCAGUGGGUAGGACUCUGCGCUGAGAGCCCUGAGUUCAAUCCCUGGUCAGGAAGUAAGAUCCCAUAAGCCAUGAGGCAAAAACAAACAAGCAAACAAGAACCUACAAAACAGCAACAACAAAGGAGAGCAAGCCCACUGCUGGGGGAAUUUGACCAGUUGGGGAUUGCCUGGCGACUUCUACAGGGUCCAGGCUUUAAACAUGGCAACCUUAUAGUUGUGUGAAUAUUCGAACUUUUUACAGGGAGAUGUUGACAGGUGAGCAGAGCGGGAGAAGUGGCACGCCCGCGCAGCGCCGUCUGGUGUCUGUGAGCGGGGCUGUGAUCCCCUGGGCUUCCUGUUGCUCACCUGGGAAGUCAGGGUGGGGCGUGGGUUAGAUAUGAGUGUCUGAUAGUUUCUGUGUCACGUCUGGUCUUAUCACAGACCUUCAUUCCAUCUGGGCUCAAGGAAGAGAGGACAGGGAUCUGCCAUGGUUUCUGGGAGGAAGAAUGGACGGGCUCCUGGGUUAUGUUCAGUGUUGGCUUGCUCAGCACUAGAUGGGUCCCCCUUGAUACUGGUGCUCUGAGCCCAGAAUUGCCUUUCUGUGUUUGAAUUGGCUAAUUAAGGAUCUCAGCCCCUCUGUAAGCUUUGACCUUCUGCAGGAAAGACACAGAAAUGCUGAUUCUUAAAUACUGUGAAAACUGACCUAAAAUGCCUACUAUAUUAGGGUUUUGUCUUUUUUUUUAAUUAAAAAAGUUGUGUAUUUUUUUUACUUCUGCUAAACCUUCUCCAUAGUAUUCCAAUCACUGCAGGAUAAUUUAAUCGCAGAAGCAAUUCUCAGGGGGUUUUUGGUCUAAUCCAUCUCAAGGCUUGUAUGUUGUCUUCCCUAAGGUUGAUGUGACUGGUGUGGUCAAAAUUGUAAUUGCCUAAAAUUUAGGCACAAAUGGAUCCAGUGUGUGGAGUUCCCCUGUGUUUUUAGAAGGGCUGAUCCCCAUGGUCUUUGUGCUACAUCCCUCUGGCCCUGAUGUCCCUCCCUUUCCUGGAAGUCAGGUGUUUCCUGUCUUUGCUGUUUCUUCUGUGAGGACACUCUGCCUUCAUCCCCAGAAGGAGAUAGAAACGAAUUCUUGGGACUUCCCUGGUGGUUCAGUGGUUAAGACUCUGCACUCCCAGUGCAAGGAGCCCGGGUUCAAUCUCUGGUUGGGGAGCUGAGAUCCCACGUACCACAGCUAAGCACGUGCUCUGCAACUACUGAGCCCACGU